UUGAAGCCAGCAUGGUAUGGUUGGGGUUGAGUUCAAAUGGGAUAAGAGCUUCAUUGGUCAUCCUUGUUAUAUCCAUCUCUCUAUUCAUAUUAACACUCACCUCAAACUUUGGUCAUUUUGAGUUGUUUUCAAAAUGUAAUAAUGUACUAAAUGAAGGACCUCAAAACGUGACAACAAAAGAUUUGACAUUAAGAGCAAUAAUACCACAAAACAUCACCAAUAGUGAUGACGUAGGAGCCAAGAAUUGUACAGAGUCAAAUAAUGCAGUUUACUUUUGCUACUUAAUAAAAAUAUUUAACAUGUCCAAAUCUACAGGUUCAAAAAAUAGUUCCAACCCAUCAACUAAAAAUCACGGUGACAAAUUCCUUGAUGGACUAAUCCCUUCUGGAUUUGAUAAAAAAUCAUGCUUAAGCCGAUUCGAGCUCUACUUAUAUCGCAAAUCAUCGCCUCAUAAACCUUCUCCAUAUCUCAUAUCCAAACUUCGAAGUUAUGAAGAUCUUCACAGAAAAUGUGGACCUCAUACUAAAGCUUACAAGAGAACCAUGGUAAAGCUCAAAAAAUUCAAAUCCAUAAAUGUUACAACUAGUGGAUCGUGUAAGUACAUAAUUUGGACACAUGCUGAUGGCUUAGGGAACAGAAUGGUGAGCAUGGUUUCAUCAUUUCUUUAUGCAAUCCUCACCGAUAGAGUCCUAUUGGUAGAGUUUCAAGAUGACAUGGUUGACUUAUUUUGUGAACCAUUCCCUAAUUCAUCAUGGUUACUACCUAAAGAUUUUCCUUUUAGUAACAAUAAUAGAAAUCAUAUUGAAACAUAUCAAAAUAUAUUGGAAAAGGAUAGGGAAAAUCAUUCAAAGGAGUUACCAUCAGUUAUACAGCUCAAGAUACUGCCCACAAAUAAUAAUCAUGAAAGGUUUUUCUCUUGUGAUCAUAGUCAACAUCUUCUAAUUAAAGUACCCAUCUUGAUUUUUUUAUCAGAUCAAUAUUUUGUACCUUCUCUUUUUAUGGUUCCAUCUUUCACCCAAGAGCUUAGCAAAAUGUUCCCAAAUAAAGAAACUGUUUUUCAUCAUUUGGGAAGGUACCUAUUUUUCCCUACAAAUGAUGUAUGGGGACCUACGAAAAGAUUCUAUCAAGCAUAUUUAGCUAAGGCAGAUGAAAAGAUUGGACUUCAAAUAAGAGUAUUUAAUCCUGAUCUCACUUCACAUCAAACUGUUCUGAAUCAAGUUUUGAAUUGCACUCAAAAGCAUAAGAUUCUACCCGGUUUUGCCGUGGAAAAUUCAGAAGACUCUCCAGAGAAAAAUGAGCGUUUGAAAUCUGUUUUGGUUGCAUCUUUAUAUCCAGAGUAUGGUGAGAAUCUCAGGACUAUGUAUUUGAAUAAAGCAACUGUUACAGGGGAAAUCCUAGGGGUUUAUCAACCAAGUCAUGAAGGGCAUCAAAAGUUUGGCGAUAACUUGCACAACAAGAAAGCAUUGACAGAAAUAUAUCUAUUAAGUUUAUGUGAUGAUUUGGUGACUAGUGCUCUAUCAACUUUUGGGUAUGUGGCUCAGAGUUUGGGAGGCAUAACCCCAAGGAUUCUUUACAAAUUACAAGGAAAUAAUGUACCAGAUUCACCUUGUGUACAAGAUGUGAGUAUGGAGCCUUGUUUUCAUUUACCUCCUAAACAUGAUUGCAUGGAAAAGCCUAUUGAUGAUGAUAUUGGUACAACUUUUCCUUACAUGAGGAGGUGUUUGGAUUAUAAAUGGGGUAUAAAGUUGGUCAACGAUCUUCAGUAGCAACUAUAAACAGUAUAUAUUUUUUGUGUAAGAUUUUAAUUUUAGUCUGCGGUGACUACAAAUUAGCCAUUAUUUUUUAUAAUAUGAUUUGUUUCAUGUGCUAAUUAUUAACAAGCUAUUUUUUGAAAAAGAAGAAAGUUAUUUUGAGUCAGCUAACAUCCUCUUGCAUGUUGGAGAAAAAA